GGGCCCAGCACCCUCGAGAGUCCGCGGAGGCGUGGCUGUGCCCUGAGAGCAGCAAGUGCGCUACCGGAGCCCCGGGACGCAAGUAGGCCUCACUCCCUACCUCCUGGGGCCUCCGGCGGUCCACCGUGAGGUGGGAACAAGCUGGACCCCGACCCAGGGGUGGGGGCGGUGCCAGAGUGCUCAGGGGACUCCGGGCGGAGGCUGCCCCAUUGGCCUGAGGGUCUGGAGCCGCCCUCCGCUAUCAGAGCCAAGCCACCACUCUUCUCUGGGGCGCAGUCCCCUGCUGUCAGAGGUUGGUCCCCUCCCUUGUUUGACAGCUCUAGCAAGGACGCGGCUCCAGGGCGAGCCAGAGGGAGUGGGAGCUCAGUUGCGGUGUCGGCACCUUCGGAUCUUAAGCAUCUGUCUGAACUUUGCGGUUGGUCGUUUGCUCUAGCGACUUAGCGCUAGAAUAAGGGCUCCGGGACCAGACCACCAAGCCUGACCAGAGAUCCUUCUGCCUCUACUGGGAUUAAAGACCUGCAUCCAACUCUGCAGCUGCCCAGUCGUGAUUUAUAUACCAUUGAGAGGAAAGAAAUUUUGAAUCUCAUGUUAAAUCUCAUUUGGGAAGAACUUAAUGGCUUGAGAUACUGUGUUGCCAAAAUUCUUUGGUCCACAUUUAAGUGGGAUGCAUCUAGCCUGGAGGUGUGAAACUUUUUAGGUACUCUGUCUGAAUUUCAUUCACUGAGAAGUUCAGGGGUUACUUUACCCUGCAAUAUAGCCACACAGCAAAAAUGUUUGCAAAACUAAAGAAGAAAAUUGCAGAAGAGACUGCUGUUGCUCAGAGGCCAGGCGGCACUGCUAGGAUUCCACGAUCUGUGAGCAAGGAGUCUGUGGCCUCUAUGGGAGCUGACUCAGGAGAUGACUUUGCUUCUGAUGGAAGCAGCUCCAGAGAAGAUCUCUCAUCCCAACUUUUGAGAAGAAAUGAACAGAUACGGAAGUUAGAAGCCAGACUCUCUGACUAUGCUGAACAGGUCCGAAACUUGCAGAAGAUAAAAGAGAAGCUUGAAAUUGCAUUAGAAAAACACCAGGAUUCUUCCAUGCGGAAAUUUCAAGAGCAGAAUGAAACAUUCCAAGCCAACAGAGCCAAAAUGGCAGAAGGACUGGCUUUGGCAUUAGCCAGGAAGGACCAGGAAUGGUCAGAAAAGAUGGACCAGCUUGAAAAGGAUAAAAGGUUUCUAACAGCUCAGCUGCAAGAAGUGAAGAACCAGAGCUUGAACCUUUUUCAAAAGAGAGAUGAAAUUGAUGAGUUAGAGGGGUUCCAGCAACAGGAAAUCAGCAAAAUAAAACACAUGCUUUUAAAAAAAGAAGAAUGCUUGGGGAAGAUGGAACAAGAAUUGGAUGCACGAACCAGGGAACUUAAUCGCACUCAGGAGGAGUUGGUGACUUCCAAUCAGUUGUCAUCUGACUUAAGCCAGCAACUAGAAGAAUUGCAGAGACACUGCUCAACGCUGGAAGAACAGAGAGAUCACGUGACAGCUUCAAAAGCAGGUGCAGAACAUAAGAUUAUAGUCCUGGAACAAAAGGAACAAGAACUCCAAGCGUUCAUCCAGCAGCUUUCCAUUGACUUACAAAAGGUCACUGCUGAAACUCAAGAAAAAGAAAAAGUCAUCACACAUUUGCAAGAAAAGGUUGUAUUCUUGGAAAAGAGACUAGAACAGAAUUUAUCAGGAGAAGAUCAUGCACAAGAACUCUUGAAAGAGAAAACAGUUGCUGAGCAGAAUCUGGAAGAUACUAGGCAGCAGCUCUUGGCUGCUAGAAGCAGCCACACCAAAGCCAUUGACCUCCUGGAGACUCAGGUGAAGGACCUAGAGCACAGUCUACAGGCUGCUGAAGAGCAGCUAAGCGAGAGCAGAGACGUUGUGGCUGCCCAGGAAGUCCAGAUCCAGAAGCUUAUCACUACAAACCAAGAGAGCAGUGUUUCCCAGCAGCAGGUUCAUGCCCUGGAGCAGCAUUUUAGGGAGCGCACCCAUGCACUGGAGACCCAGAUUGAAGCUCUGGAACAAGCACGGGUGGCCGACCAGAUAGCCUCAGAGAAUGGAAUGCAACAACUGCAGCAAGAAAAUGUGGCCCUUAAAGAAAGCAGAAAUGAAUGUGAACGUUCUUUACAACAGCACCAAUUAGAACUAAAGAAACUAAAGGAUGAAUGGAGCCAAAGAGAAAUUGUGAGUGUGGCUAUGGCUCAAGCCUUGGAGGAGGUGCGGAAACAGAGGGAAGAGUUCCAGAAACAGGCUGCUGAGCUGACAGCCAUCAUAGAAGAGAAAAAUCAGAGCCUGUGUGAAAAGGAUGAGGUGCUUCUCCAGAAGGAGCAGGAACUUCGCCAGCUGGAAAAAGGUCACAAUUCUGCCCUGCUGCAGAUGCACCAACUGCAGAGUGAACUGGCGGCCUUGAGGACCUGCAGGGCCCAGGAGGCAGUGCCAGCCACAACAGGAGAGGACCCCCUGCCACUGCAGGGCCAGGAGCCACUUAUCAUCUCAAAAGCUAUGCAGGAUUCUGAGUAUGAGCUUCCAGCUGCAGAAGGAACUCCAAAUGGUGAGGUUGGGGCCAUGGAUCUAAAGCAGCUACAGAAAGAAAAGCAGGACUUAGAGCAGCAACUUACAGAGAAAAAUAAGGUUAUGAAACAGAUGCAGCAGAGGAUGCUGGAACUUAAGAAGACUCUGCAGAAGGAGUUGAAAAUCAAACCUGACAGUGAGCUUUUUGAGGUCCGGGAGAAGACAGGCCCUGAAAUACCAAAUAUGGCCCCUUCUGUCACCAAUAAUGCUGACCUGACUGAUGCCCGAGAGAUCAACUUUGAAUACCUUAAACAUGUUGUUUUAAAAUUCAUGUCCUGUCGAGAAUCUGAGGCUUUUCAUCUCAUAAAAGCAGUAUCAGUGCUGCUGAACUUCUCACAAGAAGAGGAGAACAUGCUCAAAGAAACUCUGGAAUAUAAGAUGUCUUGGUUUGGAUCCAAACCAGCUCCCAAGGGCAGCAUCCGACCUUCUAUCUCCAACCCUCGGAUACCAUGGUCCUAGACCCACCCAAGGAUAGAGCUACAUGGGCUGACACUCUGUGAAAAGAACACUGACACACCAGACUGGGUGGGUUUUUAAUUGCUGUAACUGCAGUAUAUUUUGUACAAGUGUCUAGAGAGUUUACAAGACUUUAUUUAGGCCCACCUCCCUGCAGACUGAUAAGAACAUCAGAGGGGAGCCAAUUCUGUCAUUGUGGUCACCAAACAUGAGAAGGAAUCCUGGGCACUGCCCGGAUUUCCAGUGCUGCUAAUAUCCCAGCUCUGGCAAGCUGCAAUUAAGUCCUCUCUUAACAUUAGCACUUAAGAUUGAAGUGGCAUGUCAGGUGACAAUUAUCAAGCAGAGGUAACAGGAUUGUAGGUGGAGCUAGUCCUUGUAUAAAAAGACAACUCAAGGGUGGUCUUUGAAGUCCCCUUCCACUAGCAUGUCUGGGUUUUCAUGCAAUGCUGCCUCUCAAGAAAGUAUCAUUUCACUUUGUUUCCCCAACCUAGAACUUGAGAUGUGUCCAUCUCAUAGGUAACGGGGCCAGUGUGGACUAAUGAGUGUGCAACUUUCCAGUCCUGAGAAAACUAGCAAGCAGACGGAAUGAUCUCUACGUAUAGCACCAAAUACACUCAAUUGCCUUCUUAAUGAAUGUACUCGUCUUGGAUGGGUUGCUGGUAAACCAUUUUAAACUAUUUUUUAUAGCAAAAGUUCUUCACUAUUAUAAACAUGUUUUCUGUAUUAUAAAAUCCAUUUAAAAAAGAAAAUCAGCAUCAAGUCUUUCUAGUGCCAGGACUUGUGCCCCUUUGUAAUUUUGCUUGCCUUCUAUGGCACCUGCUCUCUGAAGCAAUGGAGGAGUUUCUCUGGCUUUGCUCUGAAUUCUGUCACAUUACCACUGAGCACAUGCCAAUCACACUCUUUCUACUUAGGAACAACCUGCUGAAUUCAAUGGAAGCAGGCUCUCCCUCCCCUAGCCCCAGUAUUUCGAUGACACUACAUUCAUACAUGGCACCCAGAAAGCCCAGCUGGCUGCUGCACUUAACAGCACACAUGCCUCAGUUUUAGCUGAUAGAAACUUAGUCAGAAUGCAAGGGAAACCAUUUGACUGAGUUUGAUGAAAGUUUCAUUAGCAAAUAAACUAAUAAUUGGAGCUUCUAAAGUAACCACUGAUCUAGGUAAAUCUAUGUUCUUCAGCUUAAAGUCAACUUAUGUAUGUACAUACAUAUAAUAUGUCAUACAGAAAUCCAAGUAUUUGCAGCAUUUGCCUUCUAAAUCAGGAUGGCAUUGCUUUGGCUGUUGCCCUUUAGGAUGCCUCUUCCCAUUUAGUGGGUACAUGAAACCAGAGUCACUGGUAAAGUUAUAUGACUUUACCACCAAGUAUGAUUCCUUCCCCUCCUCCUGUCCCAGGUAAGAAACCCCAGGACUGAGCAGUACACAGCCUUUCAGAGGCAGCUGCAGAAGCCUUCUACACCUGAGGUUUCUCAGGCCCUUGAGCUGGUCUCUCACACACAUGCACAUACACACAUACCGUGUGGCUGUGGGGCCCACUCAUUUAGAAUGGCUUUCCUGCUGCAUGUUGAGCUCCUCCAGCACUAGAAGUGUGCAGUAGCUAUUCCACAUGGCUUGAUGCACUUUACUUCUGUAAACUUUGGUGAUGAGACAGUAUGUGUAGCACUGGACGGUGAUGAUCUUACUACAAUGUAAAUAAGGAUGGUAUUAUCUGAAAACUGCUGUAACAGAGUCAUUUGUGGUGCAAUACUUUUUGAUUAAAGCUCUUCAAGAUGCAA